AUGGCCUCCGACAGCGGCGACAGCAACCUGGACCUGGAGAUGAUUCUAGCUGACUUUCAGGCUUGCACUGGGAUCGACAACAUUGCAGAGGCAAUCACCCUGUUAGAGCUUAAUAACUGGGAUUUAGUGGCAGCCAUCAAUGGAGUGAUACCACAGGAGAAUGGCAUCUUGCAAAGCAACUUUUCAAGUGACACGAGCCAGGCCAGCAUGUAUGGACCUCACAGCCAAUCAGACGCAGCCGACGACGUAGCCGAAGGAGCGGUUCCUUCACAGUCCUCUUUGUCAUCAUCCCCGCCGUCAUUGUCUUCCUCCACGUCCACGUUUUGCCCCAGCACACCUUUCUCCCGACACAUUGUUGAGCGACUGCCUCGGAUGCUCAACAUCAGGGUGGAGUACCGGCAACGCACUGUGGAGCUGGUGCUGGAGGAAGGCAGCACAGUUGGUGAAAUCAAACAAAUCCUUGAGGGAGAGUUUGGAGUUCCUGUAUCCAAAAUGCAGCUAAAAGGAUGGAAGAGUGGCGACGUGUCUGAUAGUACGGUGCUACGAAGUUUGCACCUGCCCAGGAACAUCAGCCUGUAUGUCCUGACCCCAGACAUCGCCCCCACUGCCAGCACCAGCAAAAACAGUGCUCUCCCAGACUCGCUAAAUCAGAACUUCCUACUGGUCAUCAAUCAUCAAGAGGCCCAGAGGGAUUACAACCUCAACUUCCCUGGUUCUAGAACCAUACAAGAGGUGAAGAGGAACGUUUCAGACUUAACCAACAUCCCAGUACGGCAUCAACAGUGGGAAGGGUGGCCGGCAUCAGCCUCAGAUGACUCUAUGACGCUAGCUGCCUCUGGGAUCAGCUAUCCCUGCCAUCACCUCACUGUUUGUCGAAGGUCGUCCUCAACCAAUGCCCAGGAGCCCACGGAAGGGUGUUCAGAUGUCCACAUGAUAAGCGACAGUGAGGGGGAAGAUUUCGAAGAUGCUUCUGAGUUCAGUGUGGAUGAUACAGAGAUGUUCGGAACGGGCUCCUCGAGCAGUCGGAAAACGCCGAUGAUGCCAGAGAAUAGUGAAAAUGAAGCUGAUGCCUUAAUGCACUUUACUGCUGAAUUUUCUUCAAGGUAUGGAGAAAAUCACCCAAUGUUCUUCAUUGGAUCUUUGGAGGCAGCAUCUCAAGAGUCCUUUUAUGGAAAAGCAAGAGAGAGAAAGCUGCUGGCUAUCUACCUCCACCACGACGACAGUGUCCUCAGCAAUGUCUUCUGUUCCCAAAUGAUGUGUGCUGACUCCAUUAUCUCCUACUUGAGCCAAAACUUCAUCACAUGGGCCUGGGAUGUUACUAAAGAAGCCAACAAAGCCAGGUUACUUACCAUGUGCACGAGACAUUUUGGCAGUGUGGUGACACAGACUAUACGCACUUACAAGACAGAUCAAUUCCCUCUGCUCCUCAUAGUCAUGGGAAAACGUACCUCCAACGAAGUUCUAAAUGUUAUUCAAGGUAAUACGACAGUGGACGAACUAAUGAUGAGGUUAAUGGGAGCAAUGGAGAUAUUCACAGCACAGCAACAAGAAGACAUUAAAGACGAGGACGAGCGUGAAGCAAGAGAAAUGGUGAAGAGGGAACAGGACGAGGCCUACCGUCUGUCUCUAGAGGCUGACCGAAAGAAGAGGGAAGCUCAAGAGCGAGAAGAGGCUGAGCAAGUUCGCUUGGAACAGAUGAGAAAGGAGCAGGAGGAAGAGAAAGAGGCUAUACGUUUGUCACUGGAGCAGACCUUACCCCCAGAGCCUGGCGACGAGUCAGUGGAGCAAAUCAGCAAGUUACGAAUCCGUACGCCCAGUGGCGAGUUUCUGGAAAGGCGCUUCCUGGGCAGCUGUAAACUCCAAGUCCUCUUCAACUUUGUGGCCUCCAAGGGAUACCCCUUCGAGGAGUUCAAGCUCCUCACCACGUUUCCUCGUAGAAAUAUCACCCAGUUGGAUCCAAGUUCAACUCUAUUGGAGGCCAAGUUGUUCCCACAGGAGACUCUCUUCCUGGAGGCCAAAGAGUAA